AUGCAUGUCGCGCACUACCGUCUCUGGAUCUACUCCGCUAACCUGGCCAUCGUCCUCAUUCAGGUCUGCCUUUACCGGUCGAUUUUCGGCUCAUUUUUACGAAAAAUUAGAAAUGUUUGGGAGAAAAAUGUUUUUUUGCAGGUCGAAUCGUACAAAAAAUCGUGCAUAAUUAAGACGAAAUGGUACAAUUUGUAACAAAAAACAAUCAUUUUUAAGUUGGAGGGGCAAAGUACAACAAAAUGAAGUAAAAUAAAAAUGAAUAGCGGUCUAGAAAUUUUAAAAAAAUUUUUAAAAUGGUCCUAAAGUGCCGAAACUCAAUAAAAAAAUUAAAAAACGCUUGAAAAUAAGUACAAAAUGCUUGAAAAUGGCUAAAAAUCGACUUGUAAAAUAAUUUUUUUAAAACUUUUAACUACAGAAAGAUAUAAAAAUAUUACUGUAAACUUAGUUUUAAUAGUAAUAUAUAUACUAUGAACUUAGUUUAAAAGUAAAGCCUAACUAUUUUCAGUUAUGGUUCAUUUACCUUGCGAUCGACCUCAUCUACGACCCCAAUAUGAAACUACUACCGUACAAAGAAGCAUCAGCUUUAAUUUUUACCGUAACUACAGUAAUCCCAAUACAGGUACUCGCUUAUAUAAAACAGUCUCUAAAUAUAUUUUUUUUAUGUUGUUCAAAUAAUUCUGUGUCCCCUCUCAAAACAAAUUUUCAAAACUAGGGGCACAGAAUUAUGUAAACAGCCUAAUAUUUUUUGCAUUCUGUUGCAAUAUGAAGUCUUUGUCUUUUAUAUUACUACAAUAGCUUUGAUAACAUAUGGUUUUAAUAGAUUCUGAAGCUUUUGUAAACAUCUUCGUGAUCUUUAAAGACCAAUUCUAAUUUAAAAGACCAAAAAACAGCAAUAUUCUCCUUUCUCUAUACCUACAAAAACCUUAAAACCAAAUGAUUUAAAAAAUAGAUUUUAUACCUAAACAAUCAAAUUUUUAGUUCUUCGCCUGUGCCUGUGGCCUAAUAGGAGUAUACUUCUCCCACCGAACUCUGGUCCGUCUCUACUGGACCUUGAUGAUUCCUCUGAUCGUGAUGGACACUGUAGAAGCCUUUGUCUGGAUCAGAACGUUCAAUGCUCUACAUGCCAAUGUAGAUGAAUAUCUGGGCAGUGCUACUGUGAUCGAGAAUCACAUUGGCGACUGGAGUGCAUGGUGUGGGUCGUGGGAUCAGUUCUGGAGAGAAUAUCAAUGUUGUCCACCCAGUAUUGUCACACAGAGCUGUUGGAACGGUACGGUCAAGGUUUAGUUUUUAUUUUGAAGUUUUUAAAUUCAAAAAUUUAAAUUUAACAAAAAUAAAAUUUUAGAUUUAAAAUGCGACGAAAGUUACUCAAAGUGUAACUAUGCACUGCUCAACUGGCUACAUAGCCGAACUGACACCUUGGCUGGCAUACUGUACUUUUUGAUCUACCCACUUAAACUGAUUGUAGUUUUCGUAUUACGGUAAGGCUACAGUAACCUCUGACUUGUAUUUUUAGAGAAGACGUUAUGGAAUUGGUGACCGAGAUCUUCUACAGUAACCACAAGGGAGAGUAUAAGUAAGUGUACGGUAACCAAAACUUUAUAAAGAGAGUACCCAAGAGAUGGCUAUAGUACAUAUAAGAGUACUGUACCUAAGGAAUUACUACAGUACAUGUACAUAAAAAGAACUGUAAACUACCAACGUAUACCUUCUAAACUGCCACUUCUACCCUAACUAACCUUAUUCUAGACACUGGUGGGAGCUAGACGAGAUCGAAGGCCUAGAAUCUCCAUCAGAAGACCGUACCCCCAGCCCCAGAAUCCCCUCCAAAGACAUGUUUUCGUUGAUUACCCACCUGAGGCCUUAG